CAGCUGUCUGCAAGCAUUGAGCUGCCUGGCGCCAUCCUGAAAGAAUGCCUUCACUGUAAAAAAAAAAGGGGGCUGGAAAGAGAGAGCAAGAGAGAGGUAGAGCAAGGGUGAGCGAGCGAGCGCGACACAGACCGAGAGAGGAAGAGAGAGAGAGAGGAGCGGCGUUAAUGGAGAGGGCUACAACUGCGCACAAACACAGAUUUGAUCAGUGAGUUUAACUUGCUGGUGCUGGUCAGUGUGCAGCGAGGCCGUCCACUGAAAACAAGCCCCGCGCCCGAACAAGCCUCCACUACUUGUUGAACCGGGCUGAAACGCUGACAUUUUUUUUUUUCUAAGAGGAAGAAGUUCAGGAACUCUCCGUGGGACCGGAUUCCAUUUUGGACGUAUUUAUAUGACAACACCUCUGUUGCAGUUGUAAUGUGGGGUGAUCGGAAGCAAGCGCGGAACCUGUGGAUUUAACAAAAACGGAUUUAGGACUGAUUAUUUCUUGUCUUGUGACUUGUGCCGCUUUUCGCCCGCCUGCAUGAACAUUUGCUAAAGACAAAAGCAAAAAAAAAAUAAGCGACGCGAUGGAAGUAAGUGCGGAUCAGCCACGAUGGAUGAGCCAUCACCCCGCGGUGUUGAACGAGCAGCAUCCCGGCUCACAUCACCCCGGCCUCAGCCACUCAUACAUGGACCCUUCGCAGUAUCCCCUCGCUGACGAUGUGGAUGUACUGUUUAAUAUCGAUGGACAGGGGAACCACGUCCCCCCAUACUAUGGAAACCCUGUCCGAGCCGUCCAGAGGUAUCCUCCUCCUCCACACAGUAGCCAGGUGUGCCGUCCCUCAUUACUGCACAGCUCUCUGCCUUGGCUGGAGGGGGGCAAAGGCAUCCCCCCGCACCACAGCACUUCUCCGUGGAACCUGAGCCCCUUCCCCAAGAACCCGCUGCACCACGUCCCGGCCAGCCUAUCCGUCUACCCCCCGGCCUCCUCUUCCUCCCUGUCCACCGGCCACUCCAGUCCGCACCUCUUCACGUUCCCCCACCCUCCGAAGGAUGUAUCCCCGGACCCCGGCAUAUCCACCCCGGGCUCCAGCAGCUCCGGGCGGCAGGAGGACAAAGAAUGCAUAAAGUACCAGGUGACCCUGGCCGAGAGUAUGAAACUGGAGUCCGCUCAAAGCCGGAGCGUGGCAUCAAUCGGAGCAGGGUCAUCCUCUGCCCACCACCCCAUCGCCACAUACCCACCCUAUGUCCCUGAAUACGGCCCAGGCCUCUUCCCACCAAGUAGCCUGAUAGGUGGGUCAUCUUCUAGUUAUGGUUCCAAAACAAGACCAAAAACAAGGUCCUGUUCAGAAGGUAGAGAGUGUGUGAACUGCGGGGCCACGUCGACUCCGCUGUGGAGGCGGGACGGUACGGGUCACUAUCUGUGUAACGCCUGCGGACUCUAUCACAAGAUGAACGGGCAGAAUCGCCCUCUCAUCAAGCCCAAGCGGCGGCUGUCCGCAGCCAGGCGUGCAGGGACGUCGUGCGCCAACUGUCAGACCACGACGACGACGCUGUGGCGGAGAAACGCCAACGGGGACCCGGUGUGCAACGCCUGCGGCCUGUACUUUAAACUGCACAAUAUUAACCGACCUCUGACCAUGAAGAAGGAAGGCAUCCAGACCAGGAACAGGAAGAUGUCCAGCAAGUCCAAGAAGAGCAAAAAGUCCCAAGACAACAUGGACGACUUCUCCAAGAGCCUGAUGGACAAGAGCAGCUCCUUCAGCCCGGCCGCCCUGUCCCGCCACAUGUCCUCCUUCCCCCCCUUCUCGCACUCCAGCCACAUGCUGACCACCCCCACGCCAAUGCACCCUUCCUCCAGCCUCCCGUUCGCGCCGCACCACCCUUCCAGUAUGGUCACAGCCAUGGGCUAGACCUCCCCGCAGACCCCCCCCCCACCGACCGGCCCCUCCACCUCCACCUCACGGUACCUCUGCUGACCCGCUCCCACCUACAAGACAGUAAAGCGCUUCUCAGCCCGACCCAAGCCCCCCCCCCCGUCCCGUCUCCAAGAACAGCAGGCACCAGGCUCCUUCUUCAUCGGUUGUAUUUUAUUUUUAUAACAAUCAAAUGUACCUCUGCGACGUGAAUGCUUUGCAGACCUGACUUGACUGUGGCGCACUGACCUCCAGGGGAAAGAUUUGUUUUUCCCCUAACCCGGGAGAGAAAGAACAUUUCCACAUCGAGGCUGCCCCCCCCCACACUCCCAGCUGAUCCUCACGAUAAGGAGCUCCAUUUGUGUACAAAGAACCACCUUUCCCACACGAGCAUCGCAAAACUCUGCACCCUGUCCUUUAAUCCUUAAUUUCCCAGCCUGCCUCUCUUUACCUUGCACCUGUAUAACAGGACCCCCCUCCCCCCACACACACUUCUCUUCUCGCUAUAGGUGAGGAGGGUCAGACGUUGAAUAUAUUUGUACAAAUUGUAUGAAAUACAACACAUUUAAUGAAGACUUUUUAAUUAAGUAUGGAGAAAAAAAAGGAAACAUGCCAGUGGGCAGCUAACGACGAGACGAGAAAGGGUACGAGUCGCAGCAGGUGUAGCCACUUGCCGAGCGGAGGGGUGAGGACACACCUCUGAGUCCAGGAGGAACGAGGCGAAGCGAGGAGGAAGCGAGGAGGAGGCGAGAAGCGGCGACGAGAGACUUUAACGAAAGGGCAGGCCUCGGUUGUGGCCCACGUGAAAUGUGUUGCAUUAAGUUUGCUGAGAGUCAGCGGCUGUAGCUGCAGGCGUCUCUCUUCUGGUUUCUUUUUUUUUUUGAAUGUGCUAUAGGUCUCGGGCAAUUGGUUUGUGUUGAUGCACAGAUGAAUACACACACACGCAGACACACACACUCACACACUUUUGAUCACCUGAAAGACUUUCUUCCUGCCCACAGAUUAUAUGCAUUGUGAAAAAAAGUUCCUGUAUUUGUUAUUUGUAUGUAUAAAUCAGAGUACCAAAAAUACAAAGGAAAGAUGUAGAAUUAUUUCUUUAUGUUAUGCAGACUGAAUGGUUGUAAAAAUUUAAUAAUAAUCACUAGUGUAAAAUAUGACUGCUUUUUGUUUUCGUAAUUUUUUUCCUCUUUGAAAAUAAUAAACUAGUUUAAUCUCUGUUGACAUGUUA